AUCUUAAAAAAAAGGCUCUCUUACUCUUAGUACUUGCCCCCACACAACAUCAAAACAAAAACGCUCUCUCUUGUUUGGUUUGAGUUGUGUGUGUCUAGCUAGAGCUAAGAGAGUGAUCAUCAUGGGUAGGAAGAGAAGUUCACCUAUGAAUGUGUUGUCUGAAUGGGUGAAGAAGCAAUCUAUGAGGAUGAAGAUUUGUCUUGGUGCAAUGGUCGCACUUUUAGCUUUGGUGGCUUUGAAGCUUACCAUUCAUGAUCUCAACCACUUCUACAUUGGCUCAGAAUUCAUCCAUGCUUUGGGGAUCAUUGUCUUGAUUUACAAACUCACCACCAAAAAGACUUGUUCUGGCCUCUCGUUAAAGACUCAAGAACUCACAGCUCUGUUCGUAGCUGCAAGGUUGGUCACCAUUAUGGCGGGUGGAAUUUACAUAAUAUUAGAUGUAAUCACCCUGGUGGCAACAUUAUGGGUUUUAUACAUGAUCCGGUUCAAGUUGAAGUCAACCUACAUCAAGGAGCUUGACAACUUUCCCUUAUAUUAUUUGGUGGUGCCUUGUGCUAUCCUUGCCAUACUUAUCCACCCUAAUACUACAUAUCAUUUUCUCAUUUGUCGAAUCCUCUGGGCAUUUGGUUCAUAUUUGGAAACCAUUUCAGUGCUGCCUCAGCUCCGUCUGAUGCAGAAUGCAAAGAUGAUUGAACCAUUUACAGCCCAUUAUGUGUUUGCACUGGGAGUUUCAAGAUUUUUGGCAUGCGCUCAUUGGAUAAUUAUGUUUUACGAGACCAGUGGAAAGUUUUUUUAUUUGAUUGGUAGCGGCUACUUCUGGUUUGGGGCUGCUCUCCUCGCAGAAAUAGUCCAAACAUUCAUCUUGACUGACUUUUGUUACUAUUACAUCAAGAGUUUCAUGCAAGGCCAACUUAUAAUGAGGAUGCCAGUUUAGAAAUCAGUCUUGGAGAUUGUAACAUUUCGUUUACCUACAUUGGCUACUAAUUCAAGCACCCAAUGAAAUCAAAGUAAAUUUUCAAAUUUUGAUCUUUAUUGUC